UCUUUCAGUUCACUGUUAUUAUCCUGAGAGACAACAGUGAUAGAUUGAAGCUGAUUUUUCAAGUUCAGGAGUGAACCUCUCCGAAUCAAAACGAAUAUGUGGAAGCUUGUUGGGCUUCUCGCCCUUGCGGCCUUGUUCGUCGACACUAAUGCAAGUGUUCUCAAUAUCGGUCCAGAAUGUCCCACGCUGUCACACGACGAUCAGUUUUACUACAUCCUUGAUGCAUCCGAACCUAGCAUCAGUGUCACAUUGACACCAUGGGAGGGACUUGAGGGUUUUGACGUCAGUGAUUUGGAAUGCAACGUUGACUACAGUGCUGGAGCCACGCUUACCCUUGUCGCUGGGCCUUGCAUUAUUACCUGUAGCGUGUCAGGAUGUGACGAAGAGUUUAAGUAUACCAUAAUGGUUAUUGAUAAGUCUUCUUGCGAUGUCCCUGCUGAAGUCUCAAAUGGCCAGGUGAAUGGAGCUUCAACCGUCGUCCCCGUCGACACUGAGGUUACUGUUAGUUGCAACACGAAUUAUGCACCAUCAGGAGGGCCUGGUGUAUGUACAAGAAGUGAAGUCUUCGCUGAGAACCAAGGUGGGAGCACGGAGGUGGGUACCGAUGAGCCGAGUGUGGUCGGUCUUGCAGAAUGUAACGUACUCAAAUGCGGAAAGCCAGCAGAGGGCACGAACACAGUGGAAGUUCCCAUCACUGAAGGGGCAUUAAAUGAAGAUUUUUUCUAUCAGUGCCGUCCUAACCAUGUUGCGGAUGGAUCAUUAGCGGUGUGGUGCAAGUUGAAUGAAAAUAAUGAAGCAGAAUGGAUCCCAUCGCCUGCUCCUUCAUGCAGUGAAAUCAAAUGCAGUGCGCCCUCAUCUGUUGAAAACGCAGGAUCUGUUAUCAUCGAUGAAGGAUCAAUCGAUGGGACGUACUCCUAUACGUGUAAUGAUGGUUUUGCUGCGAGUGGUGACUUGACUAUUACCUGUAGUCUUGAUGAUGGAGGAACGACAGCAAGCUGGUCUCCUGUGGCAGGCAGUUGCGAUGAAAUCAAAUGCAGUGCGCCCUCAUCUGUUGAAAACGCAGGAUCUGUUAUCAUCGAUGAAGGAUCAAUCGAUGGGACGUACUCCUAUACGUGUAAUGAUGGUUUUGCUGCGAGUGGUGACUUGACUAUUACCUGUAGUCUUGAUGAUGGAGGAACGACAGCAAGCUGGUCUCCUGUGGCAGGCAGUUGCGAUGAAAUCAAAUGCAGUGCGCCCUCAUCUGUUGAAAACGCAGGAUCUGUUAUCAUCGAUGAAGGAUCAAUCGAUGGGACGUACUCCUAUACGUGUAAUGAUGGUUUUGCUGCGAGUGGUGACUUGACUAUUACCUGUAGUCUUGAUGAUGGAGGAACGACAGCAAGCUGGUCUCCUGUGGCAGGCAGUUGCGAUGAAAUCAAAUGCAGUGCGCCCUCAUCUGUUGAAAACGCAGGAUCUGUUAUCAUCGAUGAAGGAUCAAUCGAUGGGACGUACUCCUAUACGUGUAAUGAUGGUUUUGCUGCGAGUGGUGACUUGACUAUUACCUGUAGUCUUGAUGAUGGAGGAACGACAGCAAGCUGGUCUCCUGUGGCAGGCAGUUGCGAUGAAAUCAAAUGCAGUGCGCCCUCAUCUGUUGAAAACGCAGGAUCUGUUAUCAUCGAUGAAGGAUCAAUCGAUGGGACGUACUCCUAUACGUGUAAUGAUGGUUUUGCUGCGAGUGGUGACUUGACUAUUACCUGUAGUCUUGAUGAUGGAGGAACGACAGCAAGCUGGUCUCCUGUGGCAGGCAGUUGCGAUGAAAUCAAAUGCAGUGCGCCCUCAUCUGUUGAAAACGCAGGAUCUGUUAUCAUCGAUGAAGGAUCAAUCGAUGGGACGUACUCCUAUACGUGUAAUGAUGGUUUUGCUGCGAGUGGUGACUUGACUAUUACCUGUAGUCUUGAUGAUGGAGGAACGACAGCAAGCUGGUCUCCUGUGGCAGGCAGUUGCGAUGAAAUCAAAUGCAGUGCGCCCUCAUCUGUUGAAAACGCAGGAUCUGUUAUCAUCGAUGAAGGAUCAAUCGAUGGGACGUACUCCUAUACGUGUAAUGAUGGUUUUGCUGCGAGUGGUGACUUGACUAUUACCUGUAGUCUUGAUGAUGGAGGAACGACAGCAAGCUGGUCUCCUGUGGCAGGCAGUUGCGAUGAGCCUGCUUUAACGCAAAGACAGGAAAAGCCUGUGUGUCCAGAAGGUUUUACCUUCCUAGCAGACAGGGAAACCGGACAAUGUGUCAAAUAUCAACCUGAUAAUCUGCCUUGGGAAAUGCACGCAAGACGAUGCAAACGAAGUGGUGGGCGGCUGGUGGUUCCCGUGUCUGCAGCUGAUCUCAAAGCUGUAUUAGUGUAUCAAGCUACUCAGACCAAGGAGGUCGUGUGGUAUGGGCCUCAAGCGGUUGCCGGAGAUGGAGUGUUCAGAGAUUUGGACCAGCGACCACUCAUAUACAACAACUUUGGAGAAAGUGGAGAUGGUAACUGUGCGUAUGUGCAGUUGGAUGGCAAAUUAUAUGUCAAAGAUUGCUGCUGGAACCUCCGCCCAGCCAUGUGUGCAAUUGAUCUACCUGGUCCCAAGGAAUGUAACGAGGUGGGCGGGUACGAGCUUUCCAACGGCCGAUGCUACCGACUGAUUGAUAACGAAGGUUCAUUCGAGGAGCAAUGUAGAAGUUGUCAUCGAUUGAAUGGCCAGCUUGCUCCAGCCUUGGAUGAAAAACAGAACGAAGCUCUGACAAACUUUUUCCUGAGCAAGCUACCAGACGGCGACAACUUCGAAGCUUGGAUCGGCAUGCACAACAUGGUUGAUGAGCACCGUCUCCAGAGCGUCGAUCUCCGCUCUUCCUCAUUCACUGCUUUUGCUCCAUCUACGGAUUCAGCGAGUGGCAGGUGCGUUACCGUCGGAAGAGAAGGAUGGGGAAAGAAGUGUUGUUUUGAUCGACUUAGAGCUGUGUGUGAACUGAACCUUUGCGACAAGGGCUAUGUCCAGGUUGGGAACAACUGUUACAAAGUAGUUGGAUCGACUAAUCCAGGAAGCACAUGGGAGGAUAAUUGUCGCACCUGUCACAGAGAUGAGGCGAGCUUGGUGUCCUUCUCUCAGGCGAGUGAUGUAAGUGACUUCCUUGGAUACAUAGGUGACACUGCCGGUCGUUACGUCGGUGGCAGUGAUUUGUGGAUCGGAUGCCAUGACCAGGCCACCGAGGGUGCAUUCCAAACGAGCAGUCUCCAGGAAUUCUUGUUCUUUGGUGGGGUGUCACGGCCUUCGAAAAACGCAGACGCGGAGGAUUGCUGUGUCCUUAAUGAGCAUGGCGUGUCCGCUGCGUGCUGCUAUUCGUGUCUUCGGGGAGUGUGCUCCAAGCCACUCAAUAAGUAGUGGCAUGGUGAAUAGCUGGCAUUUGACAUGACUGACUACUAGUGUGCAGGCCUAUUCUACUUAACUUCUCUAUCGACUCUCAUCUUCCUUCAUUUUCAAAAGCUAUAAUCGAUCUGACCGUUAUUAACUCAGAGUUCGGCCAUCUGACCUGCUGUAUGUGACCUUUGACCUCAAAGGGUCAACUCGUAAUUCAAAUUCUUUGAUUGUAAUUGAUAAUGACAUCCAUGCCUGGAUCUUGAACAUUGGACGGUAAUAGAAGUAUCAUAAUAAUGAUGAAGAUAAUGAUUAUUCUGUUCAGUAUUUUGUUCAGACAUCAAGUUUCUCCAAGAUUGUAUUGAAUUAACUGGGUUAAGUGCAAUAGUGGAAAUAAAGUAUUAUCAAGCCUGAUUUAACUGUAAUGCAAUCUCUUUAUGUGUAGUAGACUUAACUGUCCUUUCCGUAGCCUGUUUAAGCAUUUGCUACAGUGCAAUGUCUUGACUGUAAAAUCGUUCCCUGGCAUUUUCCAUUUUCUCAAAUAUUAAUGGUAGAAUAUGGUUUUAUUUCACCAUGUUGGCAUUCCUCCUUUAAUUGGAUUCAGUCCAGUUGAUCAUGCAAGUUGCAAAGUAUGACAUUGGUCGACCCUUCUUAGUUUAAUUCAAGCUAAUGUCCACCAGGGCCAGGUGUGGGACUUAUUAGAAUGUUGCCCCCCCCCCCUCCAAUCCUCAUACGUUUGUAUUGAUGGCAAUUGUCUCAGUAUGAACCAGAUGGUCAAAUUCCUUUUAAAGUUCAAUAAACCACUAAAUUGGGGCAUCCCAUAUCAUUUCAUUAGAAUAUUCAUCAUCGUUAUGAUACCCAUCACUGUGAUAAUCGUCAGUAUUCCUGAUCUUUGAUGUCCUCCCCAGCGAGGGCGGUAUUCCAUCCUGGUAGUAAUAUUUACUUCAGAUUUACAAAAUAUCUCCCCAGUUGAGCGACACAAAAUCGUAAAUGAUGAAACUAUA